AUUCGGUUCCGGAAUGAAAGAUUCAGUUUCAAGAAAUUCACGAAUUUUGGGGUGAUUUCUUUUGGAUCUUUUUAAUCUAGAAAGGCCCGAAUUCUCAUUCCUUUGGAUCCAGAUUUCCAUUUAAAUUCUCUUUAGAAACCAACAUUUGAGAUUCAUUGUGAAAUUAAAACAAGAUUGUGAUCUUUCUCAUCUGAUUCAUUUAAAUCGGACCUGCAAAUUUUCAAGUUUCCGACGUCCAAAGUAAAAAUUGAGCCAUCUUCGCCCUUUGAAAUCUCAUAGCCACUGAAUUCUCCACGAAAUCUUUUUGUUUUAUUUAUUUAUUUCACUUUUGAAAUCUCUUUUUGCGGUUGGAGUCUGGAACUGAACAAAAGGAAAAGAAGAUAAACAGAUUCUCUUCUCAUUCACUGAUAUCAUUCUUCCUUCUUCACAUCAAGAGUUUCUGCUUGGAUAAGGAAAGAUCGCUUUCUUUUUAAAGAUCUGCCCAUCUCUUUGUUUGUUAAGAAUAGAGAGAGGAAAGGUGGAGUUUCGGAUAAAAGAAUUGGAUUUUCAAGCAUUUCAACGUGAUGGACCAGAAAAACGUUCUCAUGUCGGCACUGAGUGUCGGAGUCGGCGUUGGUGUCGGGCUUGGCUUGUGUUCUGGACAGACAGUAAGUAAAUGGAUGUCGAAUUCUUCUUCUUCUGGUGUGACUGCUGAUCGGAUCGAGCAGGAGCUGCGGCAACAGGUCAUCGAUGGAAGAGAUAGCAAUGUCAACUUCGAUGACUUCCCUUAUUACCUCAGCGAGCAAACGCGUGUGUUACUGACGAGUGCAGCAUAUGUUCAUUUGAAGCAAGCUGACUUUUUUAAGCAUACCCGAAAUCUCUCUCCUGCUAGUCGGACCAUUUUGCUCUCAGGACCUGCUGGUAGGUUUUCUGGAAUAUGUUCUCCUUUAGAUUUAGUUUGGAAAUACUUUUUUGUUUGUGUUUAUUUUUAUAAUAAAGUUGAUUUUGAAAGUUCAUAUUUUGAAGAGCUUUACCAGCAAAUGUUAGCCAAGGCUUUAGCACGUUACUUUGAAGCCAAGUUGUUGUUGCUUGAUGUAACUGACUUUUCACUAAAGAUACAGAGCAAAUAUGGCACCUCCAGAAAAGAACCUACUUUCAAAAGGUCCAUCUCUGAGACAACUUUGGAGCGGAUGUCCAAUUUGUUUGGAUCAUUUUCAAUCCUUCCACCAAGAGAGGAAUCUAGAGGCACAUUAAGGAGGCAAAGCAGUGGUAUGGAUUUAAGGUCAAGGGGAUCUGAAUUUGAGCAUGGUGCUCAAAAGCUUCGUAGAAAUGCUUCUGCUGCCGCUGAUAUCAGUAGCCUUGCUUCAAACUCUGCUCCUGUUAAUCCAGCUCCUCUCAGGCACACUAGCAUCUGGUGUUUUGAUGAGAAACUUCUUAUACAGUCACUUUACAAGGUUCUGAUUUCAGUAUCGAAAACCAAUCCCAUUCUCCUCUACAUCAGGAAUGUUGAAGAGCUUCUAUUUAGAUCGCAAAGGCUAUACACUUUAUUCCGGAAAAUGCUGAGCAAACUAUCAGGACCAAUAUUAAUCCUUGGUUCAAGGAUGUUGGAUCCAGGUAAUGAUUAUAGAGAUGUGGACGAGAGGCUGACUCUUCUAUUCCCUUACAACAUUGAGAUUAAGCCACCUGAAGAUGAGACCCACCUUCUCAACUGGAAAUCCCAACUGGAAGAAGACAUGAAAGUGAUCCAGUUUCGGGACAACAGAAACCACAUCAUCGAGGUACUCACAGCAAAUGAUCUUGACUGUGAUGAUCUGGGUUCAAUCUGCCUUGCGGAUACGAUGGUUCUCAGUAAUUACAUAGAAGAAAUUGUUGUUUCAGCAAUUUCACACCACCUGAUGAAUAACAAGAACCCUGAGUACAGAAAUGGGAAACUGGUUAUUUCAUCCAAGAGUUUGUCCCAUGGAUUGAGCAUAUUCCAGGAAAGUAAGCUCAGUGUCAAAGAACCUGCUCUAAAGCUCGAAACAAACGCUGAAACUAGCAAGGAGGGUGAAGGGGGAAAUGCAACUGUUGGUGUGACGCCUGAAACAAAAACUGAAGCUCCGGGACCUGAGAACAAGAGUGAGGCAGAGAAAUCUGUUGCAUUAGUGAAGAAAGAUGGUGAGAAUCCAUCUCUUCCGCCAAAAUUACCUGAAGUUGCUCCCGACAAUGAGUUCGAGAAGCGCAUUAGACCAGAGGUCAUCCCUGCCAGUGAAAUUGGGGUGACAUUUGCAGAUAUAGGUGCCUUAGAUGAACUAAAAGAAUCACUUCAGGAGUUGGUCAUGCUUCCCCUUCGAAGACCUGAUCUCUUUGAAGGAGGUCUCCUAAAGCCUUGCAGAGGAAUAUUGUUGUUCGGGCCACCUGGUACUGGAAAGACGAUGAUGGCUAAGGCUAUUGCCAAAGAAGCUGGAGCGAGUUUCAUCAACGUCUCAAUGUCCACCAUCACUUCAAAAUGGUUUGGAGAAGAUGAGAAAAAUGUCAGGGCAUUGUUUACUCUAGCAGCAAAGGUCUCUCCUACUAUUAUUUUUGUGGACGAGGUUGACAGCAUGUUGGGGCAACGGACUAGAGCAGGGGAGCAUGAGGCCAUGCGGAAGAUCAAGAAUGAGUUCAUGACACAUUGGGAUGGGCUCCUGACAAAACCUGGCGAGCGGAUCCUUGUUCUUGCAGCGACAAACAGGCCGUUUGACCUCGACGAAGCAAUCAUCAGACGGUUUGAGCGCAGAAUCAUGGUUGGUCUGCCAUCCGUUGAGAAUAGGGAAUUGAUACUGAAAACACUCUUGUCAAAAGAGAAGGUCAAAGAAGGACUUGACUAUAAGGAGCUUGCGACCCUGACAGAAGGAUAUAGUGGAAGUGACCUUAAGAAUUUGUGUAUGACGGCGGCAUAUCGGCCUGUCAGAGAGUUAAUACAACAAGAAAGGCUAAAGGAUUUGGAAAGGAAGCGGAAAGCAGAAGAAAGACAAAAGGCAGCAGAGGGUUCAAACAGUAAAGAAGAAGAAAUGGAGGAAAGAGUAACUGUCCUCAGGCCGUUAAACAUGGAAGACAUGAGGCUCGCAAAGAAUCAAGUUGCAGCCAGUUUUGCAUCCGAGGGCUCUAUCAUGAGUGAGCUGAAGCAAUGGAACGAAUUGUAUGGGGAAGGAGGUUCCAGGAAGAAACAACAGUUAACGUACUUCCUUUAAGUUGGGAGUGAAUAGCUAUCACACUCUUGAAUCCACAGGUCCAGUGUCCACAAUAGAUGGCUAAAGUCUUAGGGUCUGUUUGGAUCCUUGUAUUGCUCAAUCCAGGAUUGGCCAAUUCAAGGAUCUAAACAGGCUUAAUUGGGAGUGCAAGGAGCGUUGUCUGAAGCUUUCAGGCAGUUGUGUGCUUGGGAGAUGCCUGAAGCAUGGACUGAAUGCUCCUACAGAUGCCUGGAGGAUUCCUUGCAAUCUCAGCAUCCUUGAAAUCCAGUGUAAUAUUGGUCACCUAAUAACAUAUUAGGUACAUGUGUAUCAUCAUUCUUUAGUUAAUGGCUUUGUUUGAUCAUGCCUCUAAAAGGAAC